GAAGCAGGAAGAAAGUGGACUCGCAGUCCCCCUGUCGUUCUCUGUUUGUCAGAGGCGUAGAAUAUAAGAAACUGAUCAGAUUUUUUUUUUUUUUAAUUCUAUUUUAGUUGUCUUAAGAAGUUGUUAUUUUGGACAUGUCUUCUCCACUGAAUGAGAAAACCAUCAUAAAAGGUGGCCAUCCUCCAGCAGUGAAAGCGGGUGGGAAGCGCAUUGUUCAGAAGCACCAUGGAGGAGGGGAGCACCCUGGCCUGGAGAAGGACAAAGAGAGUACGGAGUGGGAGAGUGGAACCAGCCCUCCAAAACCAGCACUUGUCAUUGCUGGAGCAGUUACACGGGGUGACCGAGACUUUCCCCCAGCUGCAUCCCAAGCAGCACAUCGGAAGCCUCAGCCUUCCCUGGAGAAACUGCCCCCUCAGCAUCACAAUAAACAACACAUUCACCAGCCCCGCAAGUGAGCCACGUCCUCCACACUCAGCUGCACUACAGUGGAUUAGGGGAAGGGGUGGCUGCUGCCUACCAAACACAGACGUGUUCCUUUCUUUUGUGUUGUCUCUCUGUCUAUCUUGCUUUCUCCUGUGCUCCUAUGACAGCCUAGCUUUGCUAAGGGUUAAAUUGGAAGGGGGUGGGAUCAGAGAGUGUGUAUGUGAACAAAGUACAGAGACAGGGCAUUUAUUCAUACCCCUCAGUAAGUAGGAACAAGAAACAUGAUAUGGGCAUAUUAGAUAAUUCUUUCUGAUAAAUGAUUUUAAUUUUAA